AUGGAUAUAAAGCAGGAGACGGUCCUGGCGGUGCUGGUUGAGGAAGGUGGGAAGAUUAAAAACUCGGACUUGUUGAGUAAAUUUAAAGGUUCAUUAAACUGCAGCGAUCCGGAGGAGAAAAAGCAGAACAGAGAUCUCUUUAAGAUGAUCAUCAACAACAUCGCAGUGGUUAAAGAACUAGAAGAGGGGAAAUAUAUUGUUCUGAGGAAAAAGUACCUGAAUUUACUGAAGUCCAGGUCAGAUGAUGGGAUUGAACUAAAGGACGAGGGAGGAGGUGAUGAGGUGGAGAAAGUGGAAGAAAAGCUGACAGCAGAGCAGAGAGAAGUGAGUAGGAAUAAAGACGUUAAUGAAGAACCUCCUGAGGAGAAGAAAUCAGAGCAGGAACCUCCUGAGGAGAAGAAAUCAGAGCAGGAACCUCCUGAGGAGAAGAAAUCAGAGCAGGAACCUCCCUCAGACAGUGACGCUGACUCCUCAGACACCUCUCCACCACUCUCCUUCAUUGAGCAGGCUUUACUAGGACAGAAAUCUACAGACUUCAAGGUAAAGAAGUCCUUAAACUUUGCAAAGUCAGGUACAGAUGACACACAGAAGUACAGACCUGCCAACAACUCUAGGACCAGCGCACCAAAACCCUUCGCCCUGCCGUUACGCGUUCCUCCCAUGGUCAUUACCCCUGUGGCACAUGAAGAGAUUAAUAAAAUGAAAACUCCAUCAAAUGACAACAAUUCAGUCAAGGUUCACAAGGUUCAAGUGAGCUCCUCUCCAGGGCCUUCCUUCUCACCUAGACAGAAGAGACGCUCUACUGUGGACAACGUGGGAAUCGGCAGCUCUCCACUACCACGGAGACACUGCAAAAGUGCUAAACCUGUAGACGAGCCCAAAUAUGGUGACACCGUCCCGUUGGAAAGCUUCGAACACGACUGGAUGGUGACGUCUGCAUCGGGACGUUGGAGCUUAUUUUACGGCCUGCUGUUGAAGGAUGCCCAGCUGGCAGAGAAAAAAGAUUUCAUUUCGGGUUUCACGGCUCUGCACUGGGCAGCUAAGUGUGGCCACUCCGAGAUGCUGUGCAAGAUCAUUGACCUGUCCAGGGAGACGGGAAAGGGUGUGGACAUCAACUCCAAAUCGUACGCAGGCUACACCCCGCUACACAUCGCUGCUAUUCAUGGUCAUGAGUACAUCAUUGGGAUCUUGGUCAAUGAAUAUGGUGCCAGCUGUGAUAUUCGGGAUAACUCUGGGAAAAAGCCACACCAUUACCUGGACAAAGCAGCAUCACACUCCAUCCAGGAGCUGCUAGGAGGGUUGAAGGUGGUGCGUGCUGAACCACAGAAGAACCCAGAUGACACCGAGACUCACAAGCACACUCACACCAUCAGCCGACUUUUCCAGCCACAAACUAUAGGCUACAAGAAAAAAUCCAAAUUGAGAAGCACUUUCAUGCCCGUGGCCGAGGACGUGAAGGAUGAGAAGAGCGAGCAGUCGAACCCCAUGCACAGGGUUUUCUCUGAUGUACUUUCCUAA